AGAAAGUUACACUACAACCGACAGAAUCUUUGUCCAGGGAGUCUUUACAAAGACAGUGACUUUGAAUUUGGCCUAGCUGAAAGAAUGGAAUUCUGAGUGUGCUUGUGAAAGAGGAAAUCACACGGGAGACAUACACAAGGUUUAGAGACUAAUUCCAGGAAAGGAAGAUAAUUAGAGUCUGAAGUCGUUGAGGGUUACUACAACACUUGGAACAUUGUCCAUGUAUCCAUUGGUUUGAACUUUGGUACUGGAAUAGAAAAUCAACCAGUGAACUCGACACUUGGUGAGGUACUUGUUUGACAAGUUUUGAGGAGUUCAUAGAUUAAAGAGUCAUGGAUUACGUCGACCCAGCUCUAGAGAGAGAGGAACAGCUGAAGCUACUCCAGUCGUACAUUGGGGAAGCCGAAGAUCACAUGAGGAAGAGGGACUACCAGAGAGCGUUAGAGAGCUACAACCUCGCUCUGGAAAUAGAACCGUCCGACAAAAAUUGCCUGGUAGCCCGCUCCAAAUGCCACUUACAGCUUGGCGAUUCCAAGGCUGCACUUGAGGACGCCAACGCCUCCCUUAGUGAAGAUGAGAAAUACAUCAAGGGACUGCUUCAGAAGGCAGAAGCCCUCUAUCAGAUGGGCAACUUUGAGUCGGCGCUAAUGUACUAUCACCGCGGCAACAAGUUAAGACCAGAGCUUCAAGAUUUCCGUCUUGGCAUUCAGAAGGCACAGGAAGCCAUUGAGAACUCAGUUGGGAGUCCAGCAGUUGUAACGCUGGAGGCAGUCGGAGAUUUGUCACACUUUCACAAACAAGAUGAAAGCAAGACAAAGAAAGCCCCUCGGAUCGGGUACAGCAAGCCGUCCACCAAACUGCUAGACGAAAAGAAGAAACGACGGCAGCCCAGGCCAGAGAAAUCUGAGAAGGAGAAGGAGACCACCAAGCAGUUGCUGGGGGAGCUGUAUGCUGACAAGGUCUUCCUGGACAAGCUGCUGAAGGACGACGAUUUGACCAGGAUAGAUACGGACAGCGGCAACCGCAUCUAUGACCUGGUCAACCAGGGCAUCGACUACCUGGACACCCGAACAGAGUUCUGGCGGCAGCAGAAGCCCAUGUAUGCCCGCAAGAGGGAGAAGGAGAUGGCCAAGGGCCAGCAGGACAAGGGCAAGGCCAAGCCCUCCGAUCCGGCCAAGUAUGUCCUGAAGAACCUGGAGGAGAUUGACGCAGCCCUUGCUGACGGCAGACCCAAGGAAGCUCUGAAGCAGGCCCAGAAGGUCUUGAAGACGGUGGAGAAGUGGAGGGAUGAGGACGUACCCGAUAAGCAGGAGUUCCUGUCCAACCUCCACAGCUCCCUGGGCAAUGCUUACCUAGACAUGGGCAAGAUGGGAGAGGCGCUGGAACACCAUCGCAUCGAUCUGCAGAUCUCCAAAGAAAAUGACUUUGAGGACGGCACCUCCAGGGCACUGGACAACAUGGGACGAGUCUACGCCCGCAUCGGCAAGUUUGACCAGGCCAUCCAGCACUGGAAGGAGAAGCUGCCUCUGGUCAAGUCCACCCUGGAGGCCACCUGGCUGUACCACGAGAUCGGCCGCUGCCAUCUGGAGCUGGGUAACUACCGAGAGGCCCACGACUUUGGGGAGAAGAGCCUGCAGGCUGCCCAGGAUGCUGGAGAUGAUGUCUGGCAGUUGAACGCUAGCGUUCUCAUUGCACAGUCCGAGGUCAAGCUUGGAGAUCUUCAAGACGCCAUUGAGUCCUUCGAGCGUGCCCAUGAGAUGGCCACGGUGCAAGGUGAUGAGCCAGCCCAGCGGGCCAUCUCCAAGGCCCUGGAGGAGCUCAAUCAGAGGAUUGUGCAAGGCAUCCGUGAUGGGGAUAACCGGGAAGCUGGGGAUGUGGAGGCGGAGACGGCUCAGGAGAGACAGGAGGAGGUUGAUGCAGCUCCGAGGGAGCAAAUCGAGGAGGAGAAGGAACCGGAGAAAGUGGAGAAAGUUCCAGAGGAGGUGCCUCAACAGGAAGCCCAGGAGGAGAUACAGGAGGAUGAUUAUGAGGAGCAGUUUGAGGAAGACGAGGACCAGAAGAGUCAGGGACGGCAGAGUGCCCAAGAGGUGCCACAGGAAAUACAGGCAGAACAGGUGGAGGAACAGCAACAGCCAGAAGAGCAGCAACAAGAGGCAGAUAUUGUUGAUGAAACAGGUCAAGAUGUUAAGUCAACAUCUUCCGGAGAGAAGCAGGAGGUUGAACCGACAGAAGACAUUCCCACUGAAAUAGAGGGACAGGAAGGCAAUGCCACUGCUGAGACUCACCCUGAGCAGGAGGUUGAGGAUGUAACAAAAGACAGUGAUGUUGAGAAAAAAAGCGACGAAGCCAAGGUGGUGGAAGAUGAAGACACUGGAGUGCAGAGAGAAGGAAGGGACGAGGGCUUGAAAGAUGCAAAGAAGAGAGAGCGUCGUGGCUCUGGGUCUUCCACAGCAUCGUCUGUGUCGUCUAAAUCAUCCAAAUCCUCCAAGUCCUCCAAGUCGUCCAAAUCCUCCAAAUCUAACAAGAGCGAUUAGCAGUGACGUCCAUCCACAAAUGUGCCCAGUUUUGUACUGUAAAAAUAUAUUCCUUUUUAUGGAGUGGCACUGGUGUUCACAGCGUGUACAUAGAUGUUUUUGUAUGUUUAAAGAAUUUGGUCAGAGAUCAUGUACCAGGGCUGGGUUCAUAACGAUAUCCCUGUGAAUUACAUUGGGAUCAUUAUUAGAUUGUACCCUGUUCGGUUAUUCAGCAAUGAGCAGUGUGGAAGUCAAAGCAAUAACCCACACUUUCAGAACCCAGCGAUUUUAGAGCUUGACAGAAGAAAGCAUGAUGCAUGAUGGCCUCAAAAUGGAGCAUUGAAAAUGUUCAAUUUCUUGAUCACAACUGGGUCUAUUUGAGUAUAAAGAAUUUCAGGAACACGCUCAAGAACAUCAAGUCGGUUUAUGUGCAUGCACUGAAAAUGUAAAAAAGUCGUCACUGUAUUCAGUUUAUUGUAUUGCUUAAAUUCCUUCUAUUUCAUAUGUAACAAGUCUUCAUUGUACAUUGACAAUAUACCUAUGCCUAAACAGUUUGUUGUCCUGCCCUUUUCAGAGCAUGAUAAACACUGCUCAUUGCAUUCUAAAUGAAGAAUUUGCGACAGCUGUGGUAAUUUCUUGUCAAAGUCUAAAGUAACUUAUCUGUAUGAUAAUUACACUGAAAUUGUGUGUCUUCUGCAAGAUUAUCUCGGUUGACACAGGUGACUUAAAACCAUUUUUUUCCCCAGCUAUGUUCGAUGAACAUGGUUCUUUAAUGUCAAUAACAGUGAUUUCAAUCAAACGCAGAGUUGAAAUACUUCAUCUAUAUUGCUUUCAUCGUAACCUUUUUCUGAAUGUACAAAUGCCUGCAAUUGAAAAAAACAAGAGUCAUUCACAAAUUUAUGAUCAAUGUUUUAUGAAUGAAUAUUCAAAACUGCUUUGAUUGCAGGUGGAUGGAAAAAUGUGAUUAAUGCAACACAAAUUCAUUCAGUUCCAAGUUUUUCUCACAUACAUGCAAACUUUAAAUACUUUUAGAUUCAUCCAUGCUCCAAUGCCUUGGAGGUACAUUUCAGUUGCUUUUUGUGUUAAAAACUACAGAUGAAUUUGAGUACUGGCAGCUUGGGACUCCACUGUAAACUUCGAGAGAAUGCCGUCCACUAGAACAUACAUAUGUGUGAAAAAAAAGGUGUACCUGUAUAUUGAGUAAAUUUUCAGAAUAAAAUUCCUUCUCGUGUACAUUGA